UCUUCUUGCAUCUACGCAUUUCUAGAAACUCACUCACUCAGUCCGGUAGACAACACGAUGGCGGCGUUGACGGCAGUGGCGCGGCAAGCAUCGCACCUAUCUCGACUAUCCGCUUUUAAAUCAGUUAAUACAACAAAUCAUGGCGCCUUACUUAUCCAGCGACGCGGUCUUGCUGGUGGUGGUGACCACCAUGGACCUCCAAAGGUGAACUUUUGGCAAGAUCCAAUGAGUCCAUCGAAAUGGAAAGAAGAGCACUUUGUGAUCGUCUCCCUUACCGGUUGGGGGUUGGCCUUCUAUGGAGGUUAUAAGCUCUUCACAAAGGGAAAGAAAGAGAAGAAGGAAGAGUUGGUGAAGGAUCACACUAACCUUGGACGUGCCUAAUCGCCUUGAAUAAAGCAGUUAUUACGGCCAUGCGGUUUUAAAAUUUUGCCAUGAGUGUUAAAUGGUUUUCCUCCCGUUUCCUUCUAUUCUCUUAUGGGAAUUGCACAUGAAUGUUAGACAAUCAACUAUGUAAUUUCCCUUUUUUUUUUUUUUUUGCUCUCUGUAGAAUGGACCUUCAUUUAGGAACACUGCCUACUAAUGUUGUGGUGUUUAUUUCUUUUGAAACUACUG